AUGCACGCCCCGGACUAUGGCGACGUCGGUUUGAUAGGGGUCGACGGAAUAGGGGCAAACGACGCAACGUUCAACUCAAGCGACGGCAUCCUCACCAUACCCGACGACCCAACACACCUCCUUAUUCCGACCAGGAGUCCAAGGCGCAAGCCUGUGUCCUUUCUCACGCCCUACGAGACGCGACCGCCGCUCGACAUGCUUACCGAGUUCUUCAUGACAGGCGAGAUCAAGUACAACGACCCGUCUACACACCCAACGCCCAAGAUGGAUCUCGUGUACAUGUUUGUCAAUGCCAGCUCAGAAUACUUCUUCGAGGGCAAGGACGCCAAGAUGGCCGAGGAAGGUCUACCAAGGGCGACCAAGGGACACGGUCACCACUUCCGCGAUAACGGCGAACUGCGUGGUGCGGUACGGUCUGGCGCACUGGCAUUCGGCGACCGCAUCCGUGAUAUACACCUUAUCACAGGCUCGUUUGAGAUCCCAGAGAAGAGCAGGCACAUCAUUCCAAGCAACGAUGAGCUGGCACGGUUAGGUGUAAACACCUCCGACAUCACCGGGUGGAAGGUCGGCCAGUUGCCCGAGUGGCUCGACUACGAGCACCGCGCAAACGUAAAGUACCACGUUCAUGCCGACAUCUACAAUCUGCCGCGUGACGACGACGGACGUGUCCCGCCAGUGAUCGCGGACGUGGACGAGGACAAAUGGCGUGAGCUGUCUUUGCCGACAUUCAACUCGUUUGAGAUCGAGUGCCGCGUCAGCUGGGUGGAAGGGCUGGCAGAGAACUUCAUCUUCAGCAAUGACGACAUGUUCUUCCUGGGCGGCCUGUCAACGUCAGACUUCCACCACCCGCUGUUGGGUCCUGUGUUACGCAUCGAACCUGAGAUGAUGAUCAAGCCUGAGGUUCUCCCCGACCUGCUGUCCGCCAGCGGCGAGUGGGGAGGCUUGCAGCACGCCGCCCUCGUCCUCGCGGACCGCUUCCCUUACAAGAGGCGCGAGUACCUCCACCACAUGCCCAAGGCGUUCACCAAGACGAUGGCACAUGAGUCAUCGAUCAUGUUCGCGGAGCAGAUGACUACCGCGGCCACCCGAGCGUUCCGCGAGAGCAAGCGUGGGCGUGCCGACAUCGAGAUGGCUUUCGUCAUGGCCCAUCUUCAGAUCGAGCGUUGGCGCGAGGGUUUGCUGUGGACGUACAUCGUCGCCAAGCUGGGCGGACAAGACGGCCUACUGCGCGAGGAUGCUCGCGACCAAUUCCGCAAGACGCUUCGCGUUCCCAAGGGUAACGAGGGUGACGGGUUGAUGUACCAAAAGCGCAAGCGCUCAACCCUACAGGAUGUUGAAGACAUGGCGUAUGGCGCCGGGUGGGAGAAUGCGCUGCAUACGCGCAUGUACUUCUCCUCUUUCGACGGACAUAUCCCAGCCUCGAAGAAAGUGUUGCACAACGGCGAGCCCAAGCACUGCAUCUUCUCUGUCUCGCAAUGCCUGCCCGAGAAUUUCUUCUCGAGCGGCGAAGAGGUCAGCGCUGUCGACGUCUUCAAGACAAUCGCCUUCGAGAAGCCUGGCUGCGGGGACUGCCUCAUCGAUGUGCUCGUCAACCAGAGUGGCGAGCGCGGCCUGUCAGCCUUCUUCCCCAGCGCCGACGCAUUGUACUUCCCACCCAAGGACCAGCCACCGCGGAUGUGGGAGCGGCCGGAACCUAUUCUGCCUCUCACCCCGACGUGGAAGGAGGCCGACUUCAGCAUGGCAUACAAUGUACGCACGGGACAGGACGCCUGGAAGGGCGUGCGCCCUCGCGCCGACGGCGCUGUCCGUAUGCGCGAGUGGUGCGUCAAGCUGCUCUCACGCUACACAUACACCUAUGGCCGUACUCCCUCCCGCUUUUACAUGGUGCACAAUCCGCGCGAGUUUACACGCUACGCCAACGAGCUCUCGAAAAACGAUGAUGUCGUUUUCACGUGCAUCAACGACGACCAGCCGGACGAUGCAAAUGGCGCCGUGCGCCAGCGCUUCCAGGCAUGGAUGGAGAAGCUCUUUGGCGGUGACAGUCGCUUCGUCCGGUACGAGCGUCCCGACGCCCCGUGGGGCGACGGGGAGGAGAUCAUUCCCGACCCCGUGGAGGAGGAGGACAAGAGCAAGGGGAAGGAUAAGGACAAGGCGGCUGAGAAGGGGAAGGAGAAGGAGCCGGAGAAGGCGAAGGCGAAGCAGCAGGAGGGUAUGGUGACGCAGGAGGUGGCGGAGGUUACGGAGAAGGUGCCAGAGGUGACGGAGAAGGUCACAGAGUUGGUGACAGAGACGGUGACGCGGACGGCGGAUGACAAGGUGAAAGAGACCGGAAAGGUGGGAUAA